AUGUCGAGCCUGCGUCCCAUUGUGCUGUGUGGCCCGUCGGGCGUCGGAAAAAGCACUCUGAUCCGGCGGCUCUUUGAUGAAUUCCCUGACCGUUUCGGGUUCAGCGUGAGCCACACGACGCGCGCCAUGCGGCCGGGCGAGCAGGACGGCGUGUCGUACCACUUUGUCGCGCGCGACGAGUUCGAGCGCCGCGUGCGUGCCGGCGAAUUUCUUGAGCACGCCGAGUUCGGCGGCAACCUGUAUGGCACGACCGCCCAGGCCGUCCAAGACGUGAGCCGCCAGAGCGGGGGGCGCCGUGCGAUCCUCGACAUUGACGCCCAGGGUGUGCGCCUGAUCAAGGCGAAUCAUGCGUCGCUGAACCCCGUGUUUGUGUUUGUGGCGCCGCCAACGUUUUCGACGCUGCAGGAGCGCCUCCAGCGCCGCGCGACCGACGCGCCCGAAGCCAUUGAGCGCCGCCUGAACAUGGCCCAGCAGGAGCUCGCGUUCGCUCGCGAGCCGCACAGCUUCGACUGCGUCAUCGUGAACGACGACUUGGACCGCGCGUACCAGCUCCUGCGCAAGGUCGCCAACGACGACCUGCAGGGGCCGUUCGAUCAGGUGCCUGCUGAGGACGACACGGAGCGUGCGCGCCGCCCCACUACAUAG